AUAGCUCACGAUUUCAAACAUUUAAAUCAGUAUUAUUUUUUUCGUGCAAAUUCAAACGGCGAAACAAUACGAAUAGAAAAUGAAGUUUUACAAUAAAAUCGCAUUUUGGAUAGUAUGUGUGUGGACGAUAAUUGAAGUUGUACUGUGCAUCGUUGUAUUAUGUUCAUACAAAGAGAAUAAAAGUCACGCCGAAAACUUCUUGAAUGGACUAUGCGAGACAGAGAAGUGUGGCCAUUUCAUCCGAAAUGCACUCAUCGGCCGAAUAAUUACAUCGGUUUUAUUACUUGUGGGCAAUUUGCUGGGAUGUACCUGGUUAAUGGUUCCAUGGUUUUUAGUCAAUGCAAUGGGCAUAUUUCCACUUUUACCCACCAUUGUGUCUUCUUAUCAUACGUACAAGGAUGUUAGAGACGCUAAGACCGAUUUCACUCUUUUCUACGACACCUUGGGAAUUUUGCUCGGUUUCAAACAGAAAGAUCUAUAAGAUCCAAAUUUUGUUGCUGAAUUAUUUUUUUUUAUUGAAGAACCGGAGGAUCCUUAUCGAAUCGGCCGGAAAAAAACUCAUUAAUAUUGAAUCAUUGCAUUGAUUUAAAUCUCAAUUGCUUAAUUAGGCACGAAAAAUGGUGCAAAUUUUUGCGCUGACUCAAAAAUAAUUCGCGCGUAAAAGGGGAUCUUUCGAAUAAUUGCAACGCAAAACUGGAACACUGACUUGUCGCACAGUAAUUUUCAGGCUGUGAUUUACAACAACAAUGUGUCCCGCCUUUGAUUAGUAACAUUUCCAAAAUUCCCAUUUAUGCGCGAAUUUUUUAUUUUUUUUUUUCCCCUAAAUCAAUGACAUCAAUUAGAUUUCAGCAAAUUUAUCCCCACCUUAUCUCCCCACCAAUUUUACGGUCGAUCAAACGAUGGUCAACGCAAAGAUUACAUUCCAUAUUUAUAAAUAACUCCAAAAACUGUUUCGAACAUUCCAUUCGUUUUAGUUUUAGUUUAAUUCAAAACAUUUACCAUUGCAAUAUUCAUUUUUUCUCAUAUUUGUAAUUCGUUUUCUAAACCAAAAGUCAUAUAGGACUUUUACAAAUUCAGAAACAAAUUAGUUAAUAUGAGAAUAGAUAAAAAAUAAACGAGCAAAAAAUAUGAAAGUAAAUUCCAACGCUUCUGUACGUAUUUUUCAGUCUUUAUCAUUUUCAUGCUAUUAUUCAUUCGAAAAAACAAAAAUUGAAUUGAAAUAAAUACUAAUGAAAUAAACCAGCUUCAUAUUAUACAGCGUA